AAUGCAAAUGUUAUAGACCAUCCAAAGGACCAGUAGAAGAUUCAGCUCCAAGGAUAGGAGAGGAGAGGGAAAAUGAGCACAACAGAGAAGGUGGUUUGUGUAACCGGAGGGGCUGGUUACAUAGCAUCAUGGCUCAUCAACUUGCUGCUUCAUAGGGGCUAUACAGUCAAAGCGACCAUCCGCGACACCAAUGGUUCACGGAAGACACAACAUCUUCUGGCACUUGGAGGGGCCAAGGAGAGGCUCCAUUUGUUUAAAGCAGAUUUGCUAGAAGAAGGGUCCUUUGACUCGAUACUUGAUGGGUGCGGAGCCGUUUUUCAUACAGCAUCACCUGUGGUUUUCUCGGCUUUGGAUCCCCAGGCUGAAAUAGUGGAUCCAGCAGUCAGAGGCACCUUAAACGUUCUCAAAUCAUGUGCAAAAGUCCCUUCUAUCAAGCGAGUGGUAGUGACCUCCUCCAUGGCUGCAGUAGUGCUCAAUGGAAAACCUCUGACCUCUGGUGUGGUGGUUGAUGAAACAUGGUUCUCGGAUCCGGUUUUCUGCGAGGAAUCAAAGCUUUGGUAUGUGCUAUCUAAAACCUUAGCAGAGAAGGCAGCUUGGGAUUUUGCAAGAGAGAAUAGGAUGGACCUGGUCGUGAUAAACCCUGGACAUGUGAUUGGCCCUCUCUUGCAGCCUACUGUCAAUCUCUCUAUGGAGAUGAUACUGACCCUCCUCAAUGGCUUAUACAAUGCAGGAGCUCAAACAUUUCCCAAAAUCUCUUACAAAUUUGUUGAUGUCAGAGAUGUAUCCCAUGCACAUAUUCUAGCUCUUAAAAAUCCUUCAGCUAGCGGCAGAUAUUGUAUGGCGGGAGAAGCAAUACAUUGUCAUGGCGUUUUGAAGAUCCUGCACAACUUUUAUCCAACACUGCACCUCCCUGAAAAAUGUGAAAAUGACAAACCAUACCAGUCGGCUCCUCGGGUGUCAAGGGAGCAGAUUGAAGGUCUGGGUGUGAAGUUCAUUCCUUUGGAGGUCAGUCUAAGAGACACUGUGGAAAGCCUCAAGGAGAAAGGCUUUCUCUCUGUUUGAGUUUCCUGACAAGUGACAAGGAAAACCCUAUACUUCAAAGGCAUAUAUGUGGUUUCCACGAACUUAUAGUCAUAAAAAGUGUCUGCAUAAAUUUAAUGCUUCCCUUUUAUUAGACUUUGUUGAAGCAUGCAUAGUCACUUGCUCAGUGUAAAUUUAAACUUGAAAGCUGAUGAUGAACGUUGUUUAUUGGAGU